AUGGAUCCCAUCCGCCUCAAUUCCACACACAACAACGUCUUCACCGGCCCCUUCCCUUCUCCCGCUUCCAUCUGCUCACCUCAACUGACCGAAGUCUUGGAUUUCUCCUUGAACCAGUUGACAGGCCCGGUGCCCCCGGGCCUCGGCUCCCAUUGUUCUAACCUUCAAGUAUUCCGGGCCGGUUUCAAUUUCCUCUCCGGACAGCUUCCCGGUGACCUUCACCUCGCGAAAUCCCUCACCCAACUCUCCCUGCCCAACAACCGGUUAUCGGGCCCCAUCACCCAAACUAUUCUUAGCCUUUCCAAUCUGAAAAUCCUGGAGCUCCACGUGAACGAGCUGUCGGGCGAGAUCCCCCGUGACAUCGGCCUGCUUUCCAACCUCGAACAGCUUCAGCUCCACACCAACAACCUAUCCGGGACCCUGCCCCCGUCCCUUGCCAGCUGUCCCAACCUCACCACCCUUCUCCUCAGGAACAAUCGCCUAACCGGACAAAUCUUAGACCUCGACUUCUCCAGGCUCCAGAACCUCCAGGCUGUCGACCUCGGGAACAACACCCUCUCUGGGAAUAUUCCAGCAAGCCUCUGCCUGUGCCGCUCUUUGACGGCAAUCCGGCUGGCGUACAACCAGCUGACGGGCCAGGUCCCCCCGUGCAUGGCCUCCCUCAAGUCCCUAGCCCACCUCUCCCUUUCGGACAACUACCUGUCAAACGUCAAUGGGGCCCUCAGGAUUCUAAGGCACUGCGACAAUUUGGCCGUCCUCUUCCUGUCGAGGUGCUUUAAGGAUGAAUUGAUGCCGGAUCUUUUGCAUCUCGAUGGCUUCCGGAACCUUCAGAUCUUCACCCUCGGAGGGUGCGGGCUUUCGGGCCAGAUCCCAUCCUGGAUCUCCAAGCUCAGGAGGCUCAAGGUUCUGAACCUGUCCUACAACCGGAUUACGGGGCCCAUCCCAACCUGGCUGGCCGACAUGCCCAGCUUGUUCGUGUUGAACCUUACCAAGAACAGCCUCACGGGCGGGCUUCCGCAAGAAUUCGGCCACAUGCCGGCUCUCAUCUCAGACAACACGAGCUCCGACUUGAGCUACCUGGCACUGCCGUUUUUGUUCGAUGCCCUUCAGUACAACCGUUUGUUCAACCUGCCGAGAGGAUUGAAAGUGGGGAACAACAGUCUGGGAGGGAGUAUCCCACCGGAGAUAGGUCGGCUGGUGCUUCUCCACGUGCUGGAGCUCAGCAACAAUGGAUUCAACGGGAGCAUACCUGACCAGCUCUCGGGGCUUGUCAAUCUUGAAAAACUGGACAUGUCUGGAAACCAUCUGACUGGGCAGAUCCCGGAGUCAUUCACGCGUCUCCACUUUUUAUCCACGUUCAGUGUGGCGAAUAAUGAUUUGCAAGGGGAGAUUCCUAUAGGGGGACAGUUUGAUACAUUCCCAGCAGCCUCAUUUGUCGGGAAUCCCAAACUGUGUGGGGACGUGCUUCAAAGGAGUUGUCCGGUGGUGGUGGGGCCAAUGGAAGAUGAGCCCGAUGAUGAUGAUGAUGGUUCAUCGUCCAAGAUCCCGUUUGGGGCUGGCUAUUUGGUCGGUUUUUUGGCCGUCAGCGUCACUUGGGUGUUCCAUUGUUCAUGCAAAAGUGCCUCUGGCAGUCACGAAGAAACUGGGAGUUUUGGGUAG